AUGGGAUUUUUUCACCACAGACCUCCACCAUUUGGACGCUACGGCGGUUGGCCUCCUCCACCUUGGCGUAGACCGUGGCGUAUACCACCACCACCUUUUCCACCGCCAGGUAUGCCUCCACCAUGGGGACCGCCUCCUCCACCUUGGCGUAGACCGCGGCUUCCACCACCACCAUUUCAUUCCACCGCCAAUGCCACCGCCCCUCCUGCCCCCACCAGUUUUUUCCUUCCUCCUGAGGAACCAGUACUGGAUCAACCGACGCCUAUUUUUGUCCCUCCAGAUGAGCAACGGAUCGAUCCGCCGGCACCAGCUCCUACUACUCCUCCACCACCGCUGUUUGGCAGCCCAGAAAUACAGAGGCUUGUUGAUAGCCUCAAUGCUCAUACCACCGCUUUUUCAAAACCCGGCCAAGGUUACGAAAACGUGAUUUAUAUCCUGAAGAGGCAUAUGGAGCGUAGAUCACGACGUCAGUACGUAGCUGGUGCCAUGUAUGAAGUCGACAUGGCGCUGACCGUACCUCAAGCUUCUCAACUAACUGCUCAAGGACGUAUUAAGCGAAAGAUUAUAGCAGAUGUCCAAUGCAAGAUGGAAGUCGACGACCCACCAUUUCUUAUAGAUUGGGCGAUCAAUGACGAUGUUUGGCAAUCACGUAUUCGUUCGGUUAUGAGGAAAUUCAGCCAGAACACAUGCUUACGAUUUGUGGAGAGAACCGAUACUGACUAUCUCCUCUUCAAUCAAGAUGUUUGGCAAUCACGUAUUCGUUCGGUUAUGAGGAAAUUCAGCCAGAACACAUGCUUACGAUUUGUGGAGAGAACCGAUACUGACUAUCUCCUCUUCAAUCAAGGUGAAGGAUGCUAUGCUUCCGUUGGAAGACUUGGGGGUGCUCAAGAAAUUUCUAUCGGCUAUGGUUGUGAGACGGACGGUAUAAUUAGCCACGAAAUUGGCCAUUCUUUGGGAUUUUACCACGAGCAAGCUCGUCCGGACAGAGAUAACUAUGUAACGGUAUUCCCGAGAAAUGCCGUGCCCGGUCUUGAAGGGCAAUUCGACAAACUGUUACCAGGCCAAUCUGUAGAUUAUGG